GCGGGCAGAUGGGCGCCGGGAGCCUCGGCCGGGUCAGGCAAGGGCGGCGGCCUGCCACGCCGCGUCCCCACGCCCGCAGCCACGCGGAACCGCGUCCCAGAGCGAAAGACCGAGGGACUGGGCGGCCACGGCCGCAGGACCCCCGGGCUCCGAACCUCUGGGUGGGCGGGGCUAGGAGCGGGAGCCCCGCCCUUGGCGCUAAGCCCCGCCCAGCUCGGCCCAGGGUUGGGGGGGCAGGGGUCCGCGUCCGGGGCUCCCAGCGAGCGGCAGAGGGGAUAGGGGCGUCGGGCGGGACGAGUACUUGGAGGGGUCUCCACUGAGGACGCGGGCGAUGAAGUUGCACGUUACACGCGGUCUCCUGGGUCAACCAACCCAGCCCACCUCGGCGCCGAGGUCUGAGUGGGCCUCGCCGACCAGGGAAAGAAAACAUGUAGAUGGGCUUUUGUUUUGCUUCCUGCCGGCGUGGUCACCUGGGGCUCCCUGCAUUUAUCCCAACACCGGAGCGCGUCGUGUUGUGGCGGUCAUUAGUAACAGUUUCACUGAGAUGAUUCUCCAGAUAAUACGGGAGAAAAUUCACACCGCUCGGCUACACCCACUGAAAGUGUGUCAUCCCGCGACCUUCACCGCUAUCUGGUUUCAGAGCCGAAAGAAACCAACCCUUCAGCGGCCACUCCCACCUUCCCCGCCGCCCAGCCCCAGGCAGUUGGCCUUCUGUUUCUAUGGGUUUGCACGUUUGCUAAACCAAAGCAUUACCGUAAAAGUCAUCCCACUGUGGGGAAGGAGAGGAAAAUGAGGUGAAGCCAGGGCCCCCCAGGAAGAGGUGGCCUGGGAGCGGGAGCAGCCAGGAAGGCCCUUCUCCCAGCUCCGUGCAGCCUGCCUGGGGGAAGCCAGUGCCCCCAGGUGCGCAGCGGGAGAGGGAACCGAGCAGCAGGAGAAAGGGCCAUUCCGAACUCAGGGGUGCUGCUGAGAGGACUGGGUGUUGGGGGAAGGUGAGGGGGUCGCAGGGCAGCCAGCCUGGUUGAGGUCAAGGCUGGAACUGUCCCCGUGUGUUCGUCCACCUCGUCUCGCAUCGCCAAGGCCGUCGCCCCUCAUCCUGGUACUUAUUGAGGGAGUCAGGGUUUCCCACCUGGUUCUUUUAUUUGGACCUUCCUGUCCCCCAGUGGCUCACAGCUCCCUCCAGGUGCCCAAGAAGGACCAGCCUGCACUAUGAAUAUGAACCUAUGGCUCCUGACCUACCUGAUGGCUGUCUUCAUGGGUGCCUGGGUCCCCACUGUCUGCUCGCAAGGUGUCUUUGAGGACUGCUGUCUGGCCUACCACCAGCACACUGGGCGGGCCAUGCUCCGGCGUGCCCGGGGUUACCUGCUCCAGGAGAUUCGUCUUGCACCACACAGACAGGAUGGUGUGUGGGAACCCGCGGGCCAGGUGGGUGCGGAAUGGGGUAAAACUCCUGGAUGCUCGGAACAGGAAUCUCCAAAAGCUCCAAGGUGCCCAGAGAGCCUCCCAAGGACCUUGAGUGCACGUCCAGGGUCAGCUAGCACAGGAAGGGCUGGACCUCUCUCCGCCACAGCCAUCGCCCCGCGGCCCCGGCUGCCCGUGUGUCCGUCAGGCCAGAUCUCCAUCAUGGUGCCUGAACCCGAGCUGGCUCACUCCCCAUCAUCUCGGCCACCUCCUGCUUCUCAGGCAGCCGGAAGGAGGGAGCUGACCUUAUUUCAAGCCCUGUGCCUGCUUUGGGAACCAGAGUCAGCCUGCGCAGUGGGCCUUAUAGAUGGUCACUGGGAUAUGUCACCCUCUGCGGCUCUUGCCACCCACCCAGGGCCAUGCCUGCCCAUGUCCCCCUGGCUCCUUGCAAAGCUCCCGUCUGUCCACACACGGCCUUCUCCACAAAUUUUAAAUAAACCUUGGGUGGGAGGUCACUCCUGUCUGUCAUGUUUCACUAUGGGAUGAGGGGUGCUGCCCUGGUCUGCACUGACUCCCACGUGAUUGCCCCCCGCCCCACAGCAGACGGCUCCUGGGGGGGGUGCCACGCACCAGGUGAGUCCUGCCGGUGACCCUGAGCAAACCGCGUUCUUAAGAGCAUCUGGAACCAGGCAGGAAUGGCGUGGCGGGUGGCAGCCGGGACUCUGGCAUGGCUGCCCGACUUUGAACCCGGCUCUCCUACCUGUCACCUGGAGUCACCUUGGCCAAACCAUUUAACCUCUGGGUCUCAGCUUUCCAGUAGAGAACAACAGCCUCUACUCCAUGGGGCUGCAGCGACGACGGGAUGGGUCAAUGAUUGUAAAAUGGUCAGCACGGUGCCCGGUACGUAGCACACGGUGAGGAGACAAGCCACUGUCGUCACUACGGGCGAACCCAGGAGGCUUGCAGGGGCUGCCACUCGCACCCAUCUUUGUGCCAAAUACACAGGUGUGAAGCUGGCAGAGCCAACUGGCAUCCUGGGACUGUGUCCCCUACCCAGUCUUCAC